CAACGGCGGCGGAGGAAGGAAGGCAGGCGGGCGGGCGCGGGGCGCGCCGGGAGUUUGCGAGGGGCCUGGUCCGGUCCGGGCAGUCGGGGCGCCGCCAUGCAGGGCUCCAUGGUGCGGCGGACGCAGGAGCUGCUGGGUCGAGUGAUACGGAAGCCGCCCCUCACGGAGCGCCUCCUCAGCAAGCCCCCCUUCCGCUACCUGCACGACGUGAUCGGGGAGGUAAUUAGAUCAACCGGUUUCAUGAAAGGAUUAUACACAGAAGCAGAGAUGAAAUCUGAUAAUGUCAAGGACAAAGAUGCAAAAAUCAGUUUCCUUCAAAAGGCAAUUGAUGUGGUCAUCAUGGUGACAGGAGAGCCUCUGGCAGUGAAACCGGCACGUGUUGUUGCUGGGCAUGAACCUGAAAGGACCAAUGAACUACUUCAAGCAAUUGCUAAAUGCUGUCUUAAUGAGCUAUCCAGUGAUGAAGCUGUUCAAAAAGUUCUUGCUGGAGAGAAAGCAGAUCUCAAAGGAAAUACUUCGUCAUCUUCUAAAUCCCAAAAUAAAGAAUCUAGAUCAGAAGACUAUCGAUCCCAUAAAGAGGGAAGAGGUGACUCCGAAAUAAAAGAAAGAGGCCCACGCCAAGACCAAAAAUCCAAAGAAGAGUUCAAAGAGGAAGAGUGCAAGAGAAAAGAAAAAGAAAGUGACAAACCUAAAGAAUAUACAAACCAUCAAAAGAAUCCUGAAAAAGAUCGUUUUAAAGACAGGGAAAAGCAUGAAAGAGAGAAAACUAAGAACAGAUCUUCCAAACAGGGCAGAGAGACAGAAAAGAUCAGGGACAGAGAAAAAGGAGAAGGAGCUAAAGAGGAACAUGACAAAGAAAGGGAUAGAGAAAGGAAACAACAUGAUGGAGGAAGAGAAAAAGACAGACUAAGAGAAAAAGACAGGGAAAGAGAAAGGGGUAGGGAGAAGGAUAAAGAACACGAGAAGGUCAGAGAAAAGGGAAAGGAUAGAGAAAAAGACAAACGAAAAGAGCGAGGCAGAGACACGGAGCAGUCACGAGAACAAGGAAAAGCCAAAGAUAGAAAGGCCACAGGAAGUGAGGAGAAUGUGAUUAAAGCGUCAGCAGAACGAUCUGAAAAAGAUAAAGAUAGUGCGGAGCCAGAUAAAGAAAGUGAAAAUACAACAAGAUUAUCAAGGCAUCAUUCAACCAAGGGGCCGAGACAACGAGAUAAACCCGGAGGUGAAGGACGAAAGGAAGCUACUAAAACCUUAUCUAGUCAUUCUAUUGAAAGAACAGGUAGCAUAUUGAAAGAGAAAUUUCAGCAAGCUGUUAAAGCACAGGAGCCAGGUGAAACACUCAAUGAUGCAGAAGGUGAUGCCCUUCACAUUGCUGCCUCUGAAAAAAUAGUUGUUUCUGAGAAUAAUGAAAUUGCUAAUGAAUCUCCUACCCAGGUCGCCCAAAGAAGACUAUCACGACCAAGCAGUGCAAGACCAGCUCCCCCUCGGAUAAAACGCCAAGAAAGUACGGAUAUUAUAGUGCCAGAAAGAAAUGGUAGUGCCAAAGUAGUGUCAAAUGUAAUUAUAGAUAAAGAAGAUGAGGAGGAUGACCAGUUUGUAGUAGAGGCAGCACCGCAGCUACCUGAAAUAACAGAAAUUACAACGGAGGCAACAGUUGAGUUGGAUGGCGAUGAGAAACAUGGGGGGCUUGUCAAAAAAAUAUUGGAAACAAAGAAGGAUUAUGAGUUAUCACAGUUGCCAAAAUCUACUGAGAAGGAAAAGCCACUUCUAUCAGAAGUGACAAGGAAGAAGGAAAAGGACAUAGUAGCAAAAGAAAUUGAUAAGUUUCGUGGAUCAAUUCAAGCCCUUUGUCGGAGUGCUCUUCCUCUUGGAAAAAUUAUGGACUACAUACAGGAGGAUGUAGAUGCCAUGAAAACUGAGCUCCAGAUAUGGCAGAAUGAAAACAAACAGCUUGAAGAGGCUCUGCAGAAGGAGCAAAGGUGAGGAUGAGGAGAAAUGUAUCUCAUCCCUGUAUGGGAUCUCUCCAAAGAAAAUCGGAAUUGGAUAAUAUUUUGGAGAAGGGGAACAAGGCACUCAUUUCCAGAUUAUAAGAAUACAUCUUAGAACACAAUUUAGAAGAUAAUUGAAUAAGAACAGUGAUGAUUCCAUGGGCUAAAGACUUAGGGAAAAAUAUUGAUUUAGAAUAAAACAGGAAUAUUUAUGGAAAAGAGGUUUUAAGUUUUCAAUAGCUGGAUCCAU